GAAGCUCAUGGAAACUUGGUGGCGCGGAAGGAAGGAAGGGGAAGGAAGGAAGGAAAGGUGCCGAGGGCAGAGAUGGAGCAGCAGCGCAAGGAGGGGGAGGAGUGGGAGGGGAGGGGGAGAAGGUGAAGGACGGGGAGCGCAGCGAGGGGAGGGUGUUUUUGGCUGCCGAGGCGUCCCGAGCUGUCCCCUUGGUUGAUGAAGGGAGACAAAGCAUUGCCCAGCGACGCAAGGGGCGAAGGAAGGAAGGAAGGAAGGAAUGGAGGGGAUUCUGUCGAGGCAUCGAAACAGCGUUCGGGGGAAAUUCGGCAGCGUGUCCGCAGUGAUUGGCAAAGAUUGGAAUGCAGCAGCCGCAGCAGCAGCGAUAGAUCAAGGUCGGAAACGAGACGCGCCCGUGCAGACCUCGUAGCCAGCAAGCAGCAUCCGACGCGAGAGAGCUCGGAGGGCGGGCUCGGGCUCCGGAAGCGCGAGCGAUUGGGUUGUAGACAGGGGAGGCCAAAGGAUUGCACACUCUCACCGGAGCCGCAGCGAGCUUGUACAGAAACCCAGGACCCCGAUGGCGGCGUUACUGGUAGCGUUGUUUUUCUGCUUGCCGCCGCAGGUGUUUCUGUACCCCGCGGCCCACCGAUGCUCGGUGAUUCUUCCGGUGUCGCCUGCAUCCUGGUCUAAUCCUUUCUCCUCCUUUUUCUCCUGUGCGUAUCUUCUGUCUUUCUACGGAUGGGCGCAAGAAGGAGUUCACAAAAUGCGGGCCAAAAUGGGCGUCUCCCACAUCACUACAAGCUCUGGACGAAGCUCUCCGCUUUCGAACCGCAGGUCAUGGUGGUGCUGCUGGCAGGCCCCUCGCGGCAGCGAACUCUUGCUCUUAUUUAUCUCAUGGUCCCUCUUACUGCUGCUUCUUGGCAUGCCCUGCCUGACACGAGCAGCCAGUGAUCUGUCUAGAGCAGACGGAUUUUCUGGAGCUGCAGUAGACGGGUUGAAAGACAGCAGUGGCCUGGAAACCUACCUACAGACUGCUGGAAUCACUGGAAGACGCUAUAAACAUGGGGAGCCUCCCCCUGGAAGAGAUGGCGAGGACACCUUUGGCAAAAUUAUUGUUGAUUCGGGACUUAAAGGACCUAAAUUACCAUCGCAGCAAGAAGGUGUGGUGUCACAUGAUUUUGGUGUCAAACCAGUGCCACAAGUAGAGACUAGAGGCUUUCGAGGUCAAGCCGGAGAUGAUGCCAGAGCCAAAGUAGCAAAGGUAGAUCCUGGGACUGUUGAGCGGAUGCACUUCGGCAACCUUAUCAAAGAUUGUCUGAAAGUGAAAUGCUCACCAUUGUCAAGUUACGAUCUGAAACAGCCAUCUCUGGACAAGGCAUUCUCGUCCAUACCGAAAUUGGGAUCCCCUACCAUACAGGGACCUGAAUCUUCUUUACCGCACGUGGAUAUUCUUCCACCAUUUUUGGAAUGGGGAUCACAACCAAUGUUUGCUCCAUCGGUUGCAUCUCUGACUGUGGUGAACACCUGCAACAGCACUGGUUUGAAGGUUUUCCAGCCAUUCAGCACCGAUGCUCAAUUCUAUACGCAUGCUUUUGAAGAGAAAGUUGUUGAUCCAGGCGGUGAGCUUUCUAUUCCCAUAGUAUUCUUGCCGAGAACACUGGGUGUUGCCGAAGCUAUGCUUAUUGUACAAACUAGUGCGGGGGGCUUCUUAGUUCAGGCACAAGGCAGGGGCAUUGGCUCGCCUUACAAAGUGCAAGCCCUGCAAGGACUUCGAGUGGCUUCUGGAGAAUCUAUUCUGCAUACUAUUUCGCUUCACAAUCCUCACGAUGAAGUUUUGAGAGUUGGUGAAGUAUAUGCAUGGCCGGAUGUUGAAGGAACUUCAACCUCAGAUUUGAAAGGUGAACCGUGUGAAAGGGAAUCCCUGUCUCCGAAUGGUUUAUCUCAUUGUGUGUACAAAGCCAAAGGUGGAGUACUUCAGUUGACCAGUGAGCAAAGAGAUUUGAAGGGGAUGAAUGGUGGAGCAGCUGUUAUUCAAAUGAGGUUACCUGGACAGCUUGAGAUUGGGCCUCACUCCAGCAUAUCAAUAGCAGAGUUUGAGUUUUCGGCUGUCAACGCUGAUAGAUAUUCCGGGUCUGUCCACAUAAGAUUAUCAAGGGAUAGUUCAGAUUCUGCGGAUGUGCUAAUGCUACCGAUAGAUGUUCAGGUAGGUGAAUUGUGGGGGGAUACCUCACCAGUUGAGCCAGUACCUGAGGUGUUGGAGUUCGGGAUAUUGACCAAGGAAGACCAAGCUAGCACUGUGGUUGUUACUCUGUAUAACCCUGGAAUAGAACCAGUUCAAGUAUUGGAGAUUUCUGUACUUGUAGAGGAUAAAAACAUAGUUGACAUAGAAUACUUGAAAGAACUUGUGUUGCAACCGAAUAGUGAAACAGAGGUAGCAAAGGUCACUUACAGCGGCAGGGAGGAGACCGUUCCUGCCGGUCUUUUCAAAUGCCAUCCUCGAGAGCUUAUGAGGAAUCGGAAGCUUUUAGUGAGAACGAACAGCUCGGUGAGCCCUGAGGUGGAGGUUCCUUACAGGGCUUUGGUUUUUUAUGGCUCUGUGGAUUGCCAUCCUUCUCAAGGGUCUGUAAGUUUUGUGCCCCGGGGAAGCGAUGAAGACGGGGAGCCAUUGUCUCUAGUGGAUGGCGAUGCUGUCGACGAACAACGCAUUCAGUUUGCCAAUGGCAUUAGUGUGCCGCUGGGCAUUUAUAAGGAUCUUGCAAGGAGAACUCAGUUGCAGACGAAUACCGAAAACCUACCGCCAGUAGAAAUCCCUGGUAGUGUCUGCUGCAGUGAAACUUCUAUGGGUGAAUUAUCUAUCCUUGAACAGACAGAGUUGAUAUAUCCUCUGGUGCAGAUUGGCACUGAAGAAUCGCUCUGGUUGAACGUGACAAAUCCGAGCGGCGGUCCGAUUCACGUGGAAGUUGUUAUGGGAUCUAUUUCAGAAGCUAGUCAUCGAUCAUGCAAACAUACGGACAUGUUUCCUGUGGAUCCCGGUUGCUCACUAGGGGUGAUAUCGGAUACCCCAAAUAGAAAGAUGUCAUGUCAGGAUUCCGAUGUCACAAGAGACGUUUUCUCGAUGGCCGACGGAGCCGUUGUUGAAAUGAUUGUGGAAGCUUAUGGUACAGUAUCCAUCGGUCCAGUGCUUUUCCGGCCGACGGAGAGAUGUCUGUGGACGGGUCUUCUGUCGGUAGUGAACAACCUGACGACCGCUGAGUGGGUACCAUUACAAGGUUCGGGAGGUUCUGGGAGUCUCACUUUCUUAGAUGGAGAUUUUCCUAUCAACCUUUUGCAGCUAGACUUCAACGUGACUCAGACGAGCCCUUUCUUCAAUGGUGUGAUGGAAGAACAGGUCGCUGGAUUCCUGGAUGCCAAAAGAGCUAAAGCAGUGUGCUCGCAGCGUGUCUCAAGGGGCUUCUUAGCGAAAAAUACUGGUGACAUCCAUCUUGACGUCAAAGCAGUGGAAUUAUUGGGGGGUGGAUGCUCUGCAUACGGUUUUGAAGUUGAUUCUUGCGACGGAUUUUUGCUUGCUCCAGGGCAAAGUGCUGAGCUUCAUAUCUCUUACCAGCCAGAUUUUACUGCCAUUUCAUACCAAGCAGACUCCAGUGCGGAAGUCUUCCGGCGAGAUUUGCAGCUUAUCACUUCUGCUGGUGUCAUCCAGAUACCGUUGUUGGCAAAUUUACCUCGGAGUAUUCUACCAUUGUGUUCGGAGGUGGCUCAGUCUACGGUGUGGGAGAGAGCUUUUCUUGGCCUUUCCAUCGUUGCUCUUGUGAUGGUCCUGGGAGUUUUCUUUCGAAUGCUUCUGCAAGAAAUGUCUGUGUCUCAGGAACAGGCUUCAUCCAAUGGUCUGAAGUCUGUCUCUCAACAAAGGAUUGGAAGUCGGCAGAUUUCUCCCAUCAUCUUUUCGCCCAAUCACACAGUAUUGGUAACCAAGACAAACAACUCGGUCGUCUUGUCUGGGCGUUUAAGGUUAGAUUGUGGUGAAACUGAGGUUCAGUCUCGAACUGGAGAUGGGACGGGAGCGAGCGGUCCUGGGAGACCAAAGGAAAGCUUCAAGGGACUGAUUCGCGCACUGAAAGGGAUUGGAACCCAUGCUGCCAAACAGGAUAGCAUCACAACCUCUGUUGGAACGACCCGUGGUUGCGAAGAGAACAAAUCAGAAUUGCCACCCUCGAUUGGGAUUCAAGGGCUCAGGGUCAAGGUACCGAUCCCUGCAGCACUGAGCACACCCAAGACCAACUUGGCAAGUCCCAUGAAAGAAGCAGCACCGAGUCCUUCCAGCACAAGCUCCCGAAAAGUUGUGGUGGAGAAGAAAAACCAUGUCCCUCGCUUGGACGCGCCGCAGGCAAGUCUUGCACCUGAGCCUGAGAGCGAAGUUAUUCCGGCGCCUGUGAAGCAAGCGCCGGCUUUGAAGUCUCCUAAGUCUGGAGCUUGUAACAAUAGUAGUUCCACUUGUAGCAAACAAGAAGGAGAGGUUCCACAGCAGAAUGGUUCACUGCCUCCAGCACUAACAUUGCCUUCAAAUUCUGGAAUUAUGACCGGAUCAUCUGUCAGGUCUCCCAGGAAAGGUAAUCAAUUUAGUCAGUACAGGCAGGUUCUUUCUCCUAAGUCACAGCCCUUGUCCCCCUCACAACCACAGUCUUCGGGUCUGGGUGGCAUUGAGAAAGAAAAAGGCAAACGAAAGAAGCGGAGGGCCAACGUGGGGGCAGUGAAGCUGGAUUCUGUUUCUAAAGGUCGCAGCGGAAGUUCUUCACCUUCAUCGUCUCCGGCAUCGCCUGCAACUCCUGCCAGUCCGUCAAGACCAAUCAGUCCAUUGCAUCACCCAGAAAUGCAGGCCAGUAUGCCGACUCUCAUUACUGGAUUGCCCAACGCCAAACUUCCCGGAGCUUCUCGUGUGACCAGUGUCACUCCCCUUUCGAAGCUUGAUGUAGAUGUCGAGCGUCGGGGACCAACAGGUAGAUCUGGGUCAGGGACCACCAAGGAACGUGUGAACCCUCCCGUCUACCGGAGGAGCGAGAGUCUGAGUGUCGAUGUCGCUAGUACUGCUCUUCGAGAGAUGGCGAAAGCAACUGAUUUGAGUUGGUCAAGUCUAUCCGGCAGAGGUAGCAGAUCAAUAGACAAGAACAGUGAGGGGACCAUGGGAAGGCGUGGAACUCAAAAGGACUGGGUUACUGUCGCACGCAAGGCAACAAAUGGUGAACCUAUGACUGGAAAAGGAGACGUUCCUGACGACGGAGGUUGGGAUCGGAGGCCCUGGGUCAGUAACGGUGGAUAUGGUGGAAUUACCGGUCCCGUCUUGACACCGUCAGCUACUUUCCCUCGAAGGCAUGAUCGAGGAUCCGGUUGGAGCGUACCUGCCAAUGUGGAAGUUGAACAGCAGUGGCUUAAGCCAGCUGGUUGUUCCUCACCCCUGGUACCUGUGUCCACAAUGCCACCUGCUGCUAGAGCUCCAGGAGCGAAAAUAGCGAAGCCUCUUCCCGAGAGUGGGAAUAUGAAUGUGGAUAACGCAGGUGUCAGGGAUAUUGGAUGGCGUAACGGUGGUGGAGAUUACACUCAAGACGGAGGUAAUAGCUGGAAGGACAUGUUUGAUAAGAAAACCUCUCCAGGGUUUUCGGGGCUGAAUUCUGAUGGCUUGGUUUAUGAUAUAUGGGGAGAUCACUUUGGUGAGAUUAGUCGUUGCUCCACUCAGCAGACAGGGCCAAUCAGGCCCCUAGGUAGGGACGUGGCAUAUCAGAGCCUUCCCAUGGUGGAUACCACCCCCAGUUUUUUCUCGUCAUAUGCACAACCCAAUUUUCCAGGCACUGAUAGCCGGGUGCAAAGUCCCUUGUCUGGAGUUUCAUGUGGAUUCUCUGUUUUCUCCCAGGCUCCAGAUGUUGGCCAUGUAGAAACCUUAAACCUUCCACCAGCUCUUUACAACUCCCCAAAACCUGCACCUCCGCGACAGUCAGCCUUCCCUGACAUGAGUACAGCAAACUAUGGACCUGCUAGGACCGCUAUCCAGGGACACGGUUUUUCUGGAAACUUUCCCGGUUCUCCAAGGAAGGCAAGGGCUCCUUAUUCGCCGCAUCUCGGACCCUCACCCAUGUCAAGUGAGCUUGCUCCUAUUGUUGCUCCUGAGAUCACUGCCACUGACACUUCCUGCUCAUUCUGGUCCAGUAGCAACCUACAAGAAGUGUUCACUGCAGCAAUUCACUCCCGAAGUUGAGUGGCUUCUGCUGAACUUGCUGUGGAGGUACUAUAAUGCAUCUUUUAGGCUUGAAUUGUUAGGUUCCGGGGGUUACUGUCAUUCUGUAUCCUUUAUCUCAACCUUUGAAAGGGUUGUUUACAUUGCCCCCAAAAGACGCAAAGUAAAAUUCAAGCGUUCCGCACCACAAUCAUCUAGAUCAUUGUUAUGUGCAUAGUUUUGUGCACUGGUUUGUGCAUAUGCUGAAGUUGGACAAUUUUUUGGAAAGCCCCGGUUGGUUGGAACCACCUGUAGUCCAAACGAGUAAUAUGGCUACGUACUCCUCUAUGCUUUCACUAUCUUUUACUGGUUCACGAAAGUCCCUAGUUCCAACUGCUUGUGGCAGUAGUUACGGUGCAUUCUAACCACACCACACGUGUGCAUGUCGGUGUAAAUCCGUGGACUGAAGAGAUCCUGUGGUUGGAUAAUAUGUGAAGACUAAACCUACGAUGAUUUAAGGAGUGUUACUGUGAAUCGCAAGGGCUUGAAAAUGGAGAAGACAUCUAGGCUUCCUUGCGUUUGGGAGAAAAUGCUGCUAAAUGUAGUGGGUCCUACGCAGCUCUACCCGUCGAGGUAAAGCUGAUGUCCCAGUCAACAAUAUAUGCCAAAUCUAGUUCAAGUAUCGUUAGCAGAGCCAGCUGGAAUGUAAAUAGCUGUCCUGAAAAAUCACGAGAGGUGACCUUUCAAGACAGCUAUUUUCAUUCCAGUCUACAAGUAGACAGGAGAAGGCUGAGGUCGGACGCCCGUUAUGGGUAGCAAUUAAGUGAUGGAAGGAAUCUCUUAUAGGUUGUCUGUCUCCAAAUUUAUUGUCCGCCGAUG